AUGUUUUCCAACGCGCUGAAGUCGUUCAGCUCCAACAUCUCAUCGAACUACCAAAUAUCCCCGCAUCCCACCGUCUACUCCGGCCCCUGGAAAAUCCACGAUGCCAAGAAAAAGUCCACGGGCACUGCGGCGUCCGUGUUCAUCUUCGAUCGCAAGGUUCUGGAGCCGCGGUCCGGUGGAUUUGGGCGCUCGGGAUCGUCUUCGAAGAAACUACAGGACGAUGUGAUUGAACGGCUGAAACGGGAAGCUGGCAACCUAGCCCGGUUACGACACCCCUCCAUCCUACAGGUGCUGGAACCAGUGGAAGAGACGCGCAAUGGUGGGUUGAUGUUCGCAACGGAGCAUUUGACAGCCUCGCUUUCGGGGCUACUGCUGGAUAAAAACGAGCAGGAGGGCGCAUCGGGCUCCGGUUCGCGGCCCAGUCGUUACAUGGUCCAAGAGGCCGAUGGCACACGAAGGCGGCGCGACUUGGAAAUCGACGAAUUGGAAAUCCAAAAGGGUUUGCUACAAGUCGCAAAGGGUCUAGAGUUCCUUCAUGAGUCUGCAGGGUUGGUGCAUGGCAAUUUGAAUCCAGACGCCAUCUAUAUCAACUCCAAGUCUGAUUGGAAGAUCUCCGGCCUCGGUUUCGCUGGUCCUCCUGAUUCCUCAGAGACUCGGUCAACACUGCCCCCGUUGGCUGUCUCCGAGGUUCUCUAUCAAGAUCCCAGACUGCCUGCUUCCGUACAGCUGAACAUGGAUUACACCUCCCCGGACUUUGCCUUGGACUCCAACGUGUCGUCAGCUGCAGAUCUCUUCUCCUUGGGUCUGAUAAUCAUUGCGCUCUAUAACUCGCCCCAUGUCUCACCCCUCCAAACCCAUGCGAAUUUGACGACAUACAAAAAGCUGUUGAGCUCUCCAUCGACUACCCCCUCGCAAAGCAACAACUUCCUUUGCUCUCAGCCCAUCCCUCGCGAUGUUCUAUCUCAUGUCUUGCCCCGGCUCAUUACCCGAAGACCCGCGCAGCGCAUGAAUGCUCGGGAGUUCCAGCAGUCGCAGUAUUUCGAUAACGUUUUGGUGUCUACAAUUCGAUUCUUGGAGUCUUUGCCAACUAAGAAUGCGAAUGAGAAAUCCCAAUUCCUUCGUGGGCUACAGCGCGUGCUCCCGGACUUUCCGGUUUCAGUGCUGGAGAGAAAGUUAUUGGGAGCCUUGUUGGAUGAAAUGAAAGACCGAGAACUAUUGCCACUGAUCUUGCAGAACGUUUUCGGAAUCCUCCAACGAAUUCCUAAUGGGCAUCGUGCCUUGUCAGAGAAGAUCAUCCCCCGCCUCAAAGAGGUGUUUGGCACGGGAUCGGGAAAAGCAGGAUCUCAAGAGCGGGACUCCAAGAAGGAUGCAGGCCUUAUGGUUGUAUUGGAAAAUAUGAAACUUAUUGCCGACAACUGCUCAGGCAUAGAGUUUAAAGAUGAUAUACUUCCCUUGAUCCGCUUGGGCAUGGACUCACCCACCCAUUCCCUGGUUGAUGCCUCUCUCAAAUGCCUCCCGAUCAUGCUUCCGGUCCUUGACUUUAGUACUGUCAAAAAUGAGGUGUUCCCGCCGAUUGCUAGCACUUUUAGUCGCACUAGUAGCCUUGCUAUCAAAGUUCGUGGACUGGAGGCUUUCAGCAUCCUAUGUGGUGGCUCUCCGAGCGACUCAGACGGACUAGACGAUGACCUCAACGGUACCGUCCAACCAAAACAGACCACCAAGUCAUCCAUUCUAGACAAGUACACCAUUCAAGAAAAGGUUGUGCCGUCUCUCAAGGCCAUCAAAACGAAGGAACCUUCAGUCAUGAUGGCCGCCUUGAAAGUCUUCCGACAAGUUGGAAGGGUUGCAGACACGGACUUCCUCGCCCUGGAAGUUCUGCCGAUUCUCUGGAGCUUCAGUCUGGGCCCGCUGUUGAAUCUCCAGCAAUUCAAUGAGUUCAUGGCACUUAUCAAAUCCCUUUCUACCAAGAUUGAAAAGGAGCAGGCAAGGAAGCUCCAAGAACUUUCCUCCGGUGGAGAUUCUGGCGGGUUCCAAGCUGCAGCUAGCAGCUUCUCGCAAUCCGCCACGGAUCUAACUUCUCCUGAUACCGACGGUGCCAGAAACAACUUUGAGCGUCUCGUGCUUGGGAAGAAUACUGCUCCCGCUAACGGUGCAGACGCUGAUCUUUGGGGUGGUAUGGAUGCCGAGCCCGCUGCACCGAAACGACCGAGCAUAUCGGCCGCUCUCUCCUGGUCUAUGAACAAUGCCGCUGGCAUGAGCCAACCUUCAUCUAACCAACUCGGUUUCCGAUCCAUUACUCCAGAUCAGAAACUCGGUUCUUUCCCAUCUUUGGAGCCUGCACGGCAAACGUCUCCUGCGAUUCCAUCUUUCCCAACUAUGCAGCCAUCUUCGCCAACUUGGGGUGUUCAAUCUCAGGGAGCAAACAGGCCUAGCCCAUCUAUGGCAUCACUGUCUGGCUUAGCUGCCAAUGCCCCCAUGUCACGACCUACAUCAUUGUCUCAGCAAGCUUCCAACUAUUCCGCCUUUUCUAUCCCACCUCCACCAGGAGGUAUGGGUGCGAACAAUGCGAUCCGAACACCCUCUCUGAACAUGAAUACAACGCCGGUGCCGUUCGCCAGCCAACCCCAACCCCAACCCCAACCCCAGCCCCAGACAUCGCAAAAACAAGGAUUAGACAAAUACGAGAGUUUGCUGUGA